AUGAAGGUCCACGAGAUCAAAGACGGUGUUGUACUUCAGAUUGGCGGCGCCAUGCUCAACGAGCAGACAAAGCUGGUGGAUAGCUUUUGGGAACACUGCAGGCCUCUCAUCGAGAAAGGCCCGAAGAAUACCAUAGACUUCGUUCAUUAUUCAGCUAAAGAGUGGGUCUUGCUUCAACUGCACGCGGAGAAUAUACUAAUAUCGUUGGGCUAUGAAGUUUCGAACCAAGUGCUUGAAUUCAGAGUUCUUAAAGGCUUUCAUGGCUUGCAUCAUUAUGCCAAUGAGUUUUGGUUUCAACAUCUUCUUCAGUACGCCAAAUCCGGAGACGUUGUUGAAGACGAAGAACUAGACGAGCCGUUGGAAGAAAUUCGAGAGUUCUGGAAGGAGGAACCUGGCAUCGGUGCUAGAAACUUGAAGUUAGACGACACGACUUCGGUCGACAAGAUCAAUUCCCGGCUGGAAGCUCUAGCUUCGAACCCAGUGGCUCAAUACUUGAAGGACGAGGAGCUCCAGCACGAUCCUACGCAUUUUAGCGAUAUUAGUCAACGCUACCAAAAUAUCGUGCGGACCCUUAUGGACUGCCCUGUGAACACCCCCCCUGAAGGUAUUCACCCUCAAGAGUUGCAUAUGUUCAAGCAGACAUAUCUAGAUUCGGCGUUCAUUUGUCGUUAUCGAGAAUGCCCUCGUUACUCAGACGGCUUCAAAACGUUUGAAGAUCGUGACAGUCAUGAGAAGAAUCAUACAAAGCCUCUACGCUGUGCCGAUCCGAACUGUGAAUUAUUUGCUAGAGGCUUCGCAAAAAAAGCCGCACUCUUAAAACACAAUCGGAGGUAUCAUCCCUCACCAGAGGAAGAAGCACCUCCAGCUUUCGAUCCCAGAAAAUCACCGGAACCACCACUCGUUGUGCCUCCAGCUCCAGCACUGACAUUGGCACCUCCGCCUCCGCCACCUCCGCCACCUCCUCCACGUUAUGAGGUCCCAAAAAACCUCUCCAAUCAUGGUCACCAAGAGUUGGCAUCGACUAGACGCCGUGUUAGCAAGGCGAAGAAGGGACAGAAGGUGCACAACUGCGACCUGUGUGCAAAGGUUAAUAUCACCACGCCUCCAAGGGUCACUAAAGCUGAUUAA